AUGGCAAAGAUUGUGUCCGAGGCGGCGCGCGAAAGAGAAGCCCUCAAAUAUGCCACGGUUUUCUGCCAUCUCGCAGACGCUGCGGCCUCCCCGAAACAAGCCUCUGCUCUAGCAUCUACGUCAUCUGGCGACUGCGGUCUUACUGCCUUUGCGCAACUCGGUGUGCUUAGGCUAGGGGCCGCACGUUGCCUCAUUUCCAUCUUCGACCAAAGAAACCAAUACGUAGUUGCAGAGGCUACGCCCUCCUCUGCCCUUACUCCCAAUGCUAGCCAGCCGGACGAGCUCUGGCUCGGCUGCACUGCUAUUCCUCGAUCAUCCAGCGUUUGCGGCCACCUCCUGACCACAGACGUGGAACAGUCGACCGAACGACCGAACGCCUUGUCUACUGCCUUGCCCGUGUCUGUCAUUCCCGACUUGACCAAGGAUCCGCGCUUCCAGGGCGAGGCCCAUGUCUUGGGUUCACCGCGCAACCGAUUUUAUGCCGGCGUGCCCUUGCGGACGUCCAGAGGAAUACACAUUGGCGCAUAUGGUAUUUUCGAUGAUAAGCCACGAGACGGACUGGAUCCGCUCCAAAUCGAGUUCAUGCGGUUGAUGUCACAGGCUGUGAUGAGCCACCUAGAGCUGCGAAGGUCCGCCGAGAGCUCUGGGAGGAGCGAAAGAAUGGUCCGAGGAAUUGGUAGCUUCGUCGAGGGCAGAUCGACCAUGUCGAAUCUUUGGCGAGGUACAAAUCCAGCUGCCUUUGAACAAAAUAGUGUUGAAGGGAAGUUGAACUCGAACCAACAACUCAUCCAGCAGGCGAAUGCCGAUCGAGACCUGUCUUUAAACAAGACCGCCGAGGGGGUUUCACGUGCCAUGGCCAAUAAUGCCACUAUACCACCUUUUCAAAAGCCAGCCUCGGCGUCAGAGCGAGAGAGUAAAGGGGACAAUCCUUCGCCGUCUCCUCCGCUACGUGAUGCUAGAGAAGGCGGUUCUAGUGGCCAGGACACUCGUUCUGCGACGGAUGAAACUACUGCAUUGACCAAGUUUACUCUUCACUCAGGUGGAUCAGUCACGAGUAUUGCUGCCAAGUCCUUCGCUGACGAACUACACACUGUGGAGUUCAGGGAGACAUUUGGAAGGGCAUCUAAUAUCAUCCGAGAGUCCAUCGAGGUGGAAGGCGUUGCCUUCUUAGAUGCGAUGGUUGAUACUUUUGGUGGUCUAGUACCGAAAGAUGGUGGCAGCGAAACCACCAGCUCAGACUCGCAACCUGAUGGGUCUGGCAGCGAAGGCGAUCAAGGCAAGAAGGAGGAGCCAGAACAGAAAUUUUGCAAGAUCAUCGGGUUUUCAACAUCCGAUGCAUCGAGUGUUGAUGGCAAAGUCAACGACAAUUAUCAACUCAACAUUUCGCAAAACUUCCUAAGAACUCUUAUCCGACGAUAUCCAACUGGCAAGACAUUCACCUUUGACAACGAAGGUGAUAUUGUCUCUGGUGACUCGGAAGAAGAUCCGACUCAUGUAUCAGACCCCGAUGCAACCUCGUCACAGGUGUCACUUCAGGAGCGCAAACGCAAAGUUACACAGUCCCGACAGUCGGAGAGUGCUGUCCUCACGUCUGUACUCAAGGGGGCCCGUAGUAUAGCGAUGGUUCCCCUUUGGGAUCCUGUGCGAGAAAAGUGGCACGCGACCGCGUUCGUGUGGACAAAGAGCCCAGACCGGAUUUUCUCAGUUGAGAAGGAAAUCAGUUAUCUGCGCGCCUUUGGUGCGACUAUCAUGGCCGAAAUAAGUCGCUUGGAGGCUGCAAACUCCGAAAAAAUGAAGUCCGAUCUACUUGGCUCUCUCAGUCAUGAAUUGAGGUCGCCCCUACACGGCGUCUUGGCAGGUAUCGAUCUGAUGCAGGAAACCGAAGUCGAUGCUUUCCAAGGUGAUACCUUACACUCCAUGGAAUCCUGCGGCCGCACCUUACUAGAUGUUAUCGAACACCUCUUAGAUUUCAGUAAGCUAAACAGGUUCGUCCAGUCAGCCAAGGCCCAGAAGAAGAACAGGAAGCAUGGCAACAGACAACUGAAGGAUCAACAACAGUCCUUUGAGUCCAAAAUGACCCCCCUGGCGAUAGACGUCGACCUCAGUGUUUUGAUUGAAGAGACAGUUGAGAGCGUCCAUGCUGGGUUUAACUAUGGCCAUUCGCGAAGAGACCAGUCCAGUCAAGCACAUUCUCAAGAAUCGUUGUACAACCAGGGUUCCUUCACAUACCAGGCGGAUCAGGGCGCGGUACGAGCUUCGAACGGCGCCGUGUCUAUUUAUCUCGAUAUCGACGCCAAUGUGAAGUGGACGCGCCACAUUCAGCCUGGCGGCCUUCGGCGAAUUAUCAUGAACAUUCUCGGCAACUCAAUGAAAUACACGGACACCGGUUACAUCAUUGUUAAGAUGAGACAGAUAAAAGUGCCGCUCAAACGCAAUCGCUACCAGACGAACCUGAAACUUACGGUGACUGAUUCGGGUAAGGGUAUAGGACCGGAUUUCCUUCGCGAUAAGCUCUUUACCCCUUUCAGUCAAGAGGACAGUCUGCAACCAGGAACAGGCUUGGGUCUAAGCCUCAUACAACAGAUCAUCACACUGCUGAAAGGUUCUAUUGCAGUUGAAAGCCAAUUAGGUCGUGGAACAAGUAUCGAAGUCACGGUGCCGCUCCCACCCGCACCGGCGGAGACUGCUGCCGAACACUCUGGUAGUCUGGGAUCCAGUGUUGCCUGCUUGAAGGGGUUGCGGGUAAGCCUUCGCGGAUUCAAGGAGAGCCCAGACACCUCCGGUCUUCCUCAUUGUCCUGCGCCUAUUGAACGACAACUUUUGGCGACCUCGUGCCAAACCUGGCUUCAAUUAGAAAUUGUUCCAGAAGACUCCGAAGAAACUCGACCAGAUUGCAUCAUCUGCAGCGACCUCUCCCUAGAUGAAAUCGUACAGAAGUCUCCUCGCCUGUUACCCCCUAUCGUGGUUGUAUGCCAAAAUGGGACCGUUGCACGUGGUCUAUCACAAAAAUAUAGACUUGAGUCAAGCACUGACUCUGUUGAGUUUAUCGCACAACCAAUCGGUCCUCACAAACUCUCGAAAGCAUUACUUCUAGCAAUGGAACGAUGGAAGAAGUUUACGACCUCUUUCACGGUGCCUGCAAAUGCCAUUGCCACCCCUAGUUCAGAGCCAUCCGCGGUCGAUCCAGCUUCGUCUACAAACCGAGGACCGCACAGCAGCAGUCCAUCUCAACCAAUACUGACCUUACCACUCAAUCCUUUGGUCGAUACUGUAGCUGACCAGCCAACAAAAGACCAUAAUGAAUCUGGAAGUGUGCACCCGGCAAUAGCAGCAACGCAAACCCAUGCAACAAAUUCAGACCCUGAGACAGACUCUAAUGGUAGCCAGGCAUUGACUGACUUUCUUCUCGUUGAUGACAACAAAAUCAACUUGCAGAUUCUCUCGGCCUUUAUGAAGAAGAUGAAACGGCCAUAUGAUAUCGCGCAUGAUGGACUGGAAGCACUGCAAACUUACUCCUCCACGCCAGGCCAUUUUCGUUGUGUCUUGAUGGAUAUUUCCAUGCCGGUCAUGGACGGCCUGGAAGCAACAAGACGGAUCCGGGAAUUCGAGCAAGCGCGGCAGCUGCCUCGCUCGCUGAUCGUUGCUUUGACAGGAAUGGCCUCUACCAAAGUACAGCAAGAAGCUUUUGGUAGCGGUGUAGACUUUUUCCUGCCAAAGCCAGUGCGCCUGAAUCAACUAACCGAGCUUCUACGCGACAAGGGGUUAGACUUGGCAUAG